CGCCGAAUGUCCCGGAUUAUAACCAGCCCUGGCGCAUGCCGAGGAACGAGCCGAGGAGGUCAGACGGGUCCGCGAGCUUCAGCGGGACGAGGUCUGCAGAACGGUCCUCGGAUGCAGACGCACCGCGCAAGCCGAAAGUGCAGAACCCGCUGAGCGAGGAGUUCGACACGUCGUCCCGGGCUGCAUCGACGGACCAGUUGCCGAAGGAAUUCGCUUCGCCGCCGCUCAUGGAAGGCCUCUUGAACUCGGUCGUGGACGUCCUCGGCCCACAUGCGAAACCGACGCCCAUUCAAGCCCUGUCUCUCAAGCACCUCUUCAACCGACCACUACCAGGCUCGUCUACCUCGCAGGUAGAAGACGACGUUGAGUACGUGCAAUGCCUCCUCGCGUCCGAGACGGGCUCGGGUAAGUCUAUGGCAUACCUCCUCCCCAUGCUACAAGACCUCAAAAUCUCCGAACUCCAAUCCGACCCUGUCUCACUCCCCCCUUCCCAGCUCCCGCUGAACCCUCGUGCCCUCGUUCUCGCACCAACGCACGAGCUCUCUAGGCAACUCUCUGGGUUCGGGAAGGCUCUGCUCCACGGGAUCAAGCUCCGCGUGUUAUGCGUAUCGCAAGCGAACAUUCCGAGCAUCCCUACGCGGAGCGUGUCUGCGUCCAAGAUGUCGAAGGAGCUGGACUUUGACGAGCUCACGCAGCAGGAGGGUGCGUACCGCAAGACAGCCAGGCCUGUGGACGUCGUCGUUGGGACAACGUCUAAGAUACUUGAACUGGUGAAGGGGCGUAACUGGGAUCGCGAGCAGCCGAAGGUGGAGGAUACGUGGGACAAGGAGGCGCCGAAGUCGCGCAGGUUCACUGUCGGGAAGCCUGAGAUGAGCCUUGAGAGGAUCGAGUGGGUCGUGGUUGAUGAGGCAGACGUUCUCUUUGACCCUGACUUCCAGGAGCACACGAACUUGAUCCUCUCGGCCAUCGCAGAGGCUCGCGGCCAACCUAUCGAACGCCCUGACGAGUCCGAGCUAUCCAAAGUUGGUCCCGAGAACCCCGCUCCGGUUAACUACCCCUUCAACCUGCUCCUCAGCACCGCGACGAUCCCCUCCUCGCUCGCGUGGUACCUCGACACCUACCACCCCGCGCUCCUGCGCCUCGCCUCGCCGCACCUGCACCACCUGCCCAAGACGCUCAGGACGGAGUACGUCGCGUGGACGGGCGGGAACCGCAACGCGGACGUCGAGCGGCAGCUGCGCGCGGUGUGGCACGAGGACGCGCUCCGCGACAACGGGCGCCGGUCGAAGGUGCUGAUAUUCUGCAACAAGAGCACGAAGGUCGAGGACCUCGGGCGGCACCUCGACGCGAAGGGCAUCCCGAACGUCGCGCUGACGAGCACGAGCGAGACGAGAAAGUGGGGGUCGAACCACCACCUGGACGGGUUCCUCAAGCACACGAGCCCCAACACCCCCGAGGGAUCCUCAGAUAAAUCAACUGCGGCGUCUGACGAGGAGACUGCAGAGCCGGUCGCCGUUGUCGCCGCAACGGACGAGAGCAAGGUCCCGCAUGUGAUGAUCACGACGUCGCUGCUCUCGCGGGGGCUGGACUUCUCGCCCGACCUGAAGCACGUCUUCAUCGUCGACGAGCCGCGGAACAUGAUCGACUUCCUCCACCGCGCGGGCCGCUCGGGGCGUGCCGGCGAACAGGGCAAGGUCAUCGUGUUCGGGAAGACGAAGGGGCGCGGGUCGGCGAGGACGAAGGAUAUGAGGAAGAAGGUCGGCGCGUUGGCUGCGUAGACCGUGAUGGGAAGCGUAGACGGGAUCUCAGUAUAUUAGUAGGAAGUAUAUUGCUCGUACUUAUGUUGGUCGGUGCUAAUCGAAGACGCUGCUCACUGCUCA